GAGGGUGUGAUUGCGUUUGGCUGAGCUUCAGACAACCCCUCUAUCUUCUCCGGCUAACUUCCCGGCGCUGAGGCGGGCUGCGGGAACAAGACAUAAAUUGGAGCAAGAGCAGCAUCAUGUCUGACGGCAAGGAGUGGGCCACCCUCAGCCCGGAGGAGUUCACCCAGCUGCAGAAGUACAUUGACUAUAGCAGCAAGAAAGUGCAGGAUGUGCUGAAGGAAUUUUAUGGAGAGGGUACAUUGUCUCAGCAUCGGCAAGGGGAUUUAAUAGACUUUGAAGGCUUUAAGCUCUUCCUGAAAACUUACUUGGAAGCAGAGGAGAUCGCGGAUGCACUUUGCUGUCACCUCUUCAUGUCAUUCCAGACCACGGCAGGACAAACCACAAAAGAGCCAGCCAGUGGUUUUGUUUGCGUCAAUGACGUCUCUUGUUACUUCUCACUGCUAGAAGGUGGGAGGCCCGAAGACAAACUGGAAUUCACCUUCAAGCUUUAUGACAAAGAUGGAAAUGGUCUUCUUGACAAUUCAGAGGUAGAUCGCAUCAUCACGCAGAUGAUGCGCGUAGCUGAAUAUCUGGACUGGGAUGUCACUGAGCUUAAGCCAAUCCUGCAGGAGAUGAUGCGUGAAAUUGAUUAUGACAGCAGCGGUACUGUGUCUCUCUCUGAAUGGCUCCGUGGCGGUGCCACCACUGUCCCCCUCCUGGUGCUACUUGGGCUGGAGACGACGAUGAAGGAUGACGGGCAGCACCUGUGGCGCCUGAAGCACUUUAACCGCCCUGUUUACUGCAACGUGUGUGAGACGCUGCUCUUGGGGCUACGCAAGCAGGGGCUGCGCUGUACUUUCUGUAAGUAUAUCGUGCAUGAGCGCUGUGCUCGGAAGGCUCCUCUCAGCUGUAUCAGCACCUAUGCUAAGAACCGCCGUGACACCAAUGUGCAAGCACACGUUUGGGUAAGAGGGGGCUGUGAUGGCAGUAAGUGUGACAAGUGUCAAAAGAAGAUCAAGAGUUUCCAGAGCCUCACAGGCAUGCACUGUGUCUGGUGCCAUCAGAAGAUUCAUGAUGAGUGCCUGUCUCUCAUGCCUUCCACCUGUGACUGCGGGACUCUCAGAGACCAUAUCCUGCCACCUUCAGCAAUAUACCCUGUUGUACUGGAGCGGCAGAACAGCCAAAAAAACGGGACCCCUUCAGAUGAACCAGCUCAGCCAUUCACUACUCCCGAGGGACAGGCCUUGCGGAUCAUCCCUUUGCCUGACACACACCCCUUGCUUGUCUUUGUCAACCCUAAGAGUGGUGGAAAACAAGGAGAGAGAGUGCUGCGGAAAUUUCAAUAUCUCCUGAACCCACGACAAGUUUAUAACUUAUUAAAGGGAGGUCCUGGACCCGGCCUCAAUUUUUUCCGAGAUAUACCAAAUUUCCGUAUCCUAGUUUGUGGUGGUGAUGGCACCGUGGGAUGGAUCUUGGAUGCCAUUGAUAAAGCCAACCUACCAAGUCGGCCGCCAGUGGCUGUCUUGCCUCUAGGAACUGGCAAUGAUCUGGCCCGCUGUCUUCGUUGGGGUGGAGGUUAUGAUGGUGAGAAUCUGGUAAAGAUACUGAAAGAUAUUGAAGCAAGUAGCAUCAUACAGAUGGAUCGCUGGUCAGUGCAGGUGAUGCCAGAUAACCCAGAUGAGAAAGGCGACCCUGUGCCCUAUGAGAUCAUCAAUAACUAUUUCUCCAUUGGCGUAGAUGCUUCAAUUGCCCACCGAUUUCAUGUCAUGAGAGAGAAAUACCCAGAGAAAUUUAACAGCAGGAUGAAGAACAAGCUCUGGUAUUUUGAAUUUGCCACAUCGGAGACUAUCUUUGCCACAUGCAAAAAGCUCAAGGAGUGUUUGUCAAUAGAGUGCUGUGGGCAAUCCCUGGACCUCAGUGGAGCCCUCUCUGGAAUAGCUGUCCUCAAUAUCCCUAGCAUGCAUGGGGGUUCCAACCUCUGGGGUGAGACCAAAAGACCUUUGGGGGAGGCAGCGGCACGAAGCACAGCCGGAGGAGCAGCACAGCCUCAAGUCAUCACUGAAACUGAGAUCCUGAAGAACUGUGUGCAAGAUCUGAGUGAUCGACGGAUGGAGGUGGUGGGCCUGGAGGGUGUGUUUGAAAUGGGACAGAUCUACACAGGUUUGAAGAAUGCAGGCACGCGGCUGGCUAAGUGCUCUGAGAUCACCCUGAGAACCUUCAAGCAUCUCCCCAUGCAAAUCGAUGGAGAGCCAUGGAUGCAAGCACCAUGCACAAUCCGAAUAACUCACAAGAACCAAGCUCCAAUGCUCAUCGCACCGCCUCCCCGUUCCUCCAGCUUUUUUGGCCUGAAAAAGGGACCCCAGGAGACCUAAGUGGGGCUUCUGUUCCUUUCUGGGAGCAGCUGCCUCCAUCGAAAUGCAACUUUGGGUCCUCGGGUGGGCUAUCCCGCUGCUUUGUGCCAUAAGGAGAGCCCUCUUCCAUCACCACCCUCCAUAGCAAAUUAAAAGAAGCCGAAUUUCUGUGUAGUACAUGGCACGGUGAGAUCCGAAUUCUUAGCUUUUGCAACAUACAUUGGUCUUGCCAAUUUCCUAGUCCGAAGCAGGAGAACUCGGGCUCUCUGCCCCGUUAGGUUUUGCAGCACCUUGUGAUUUGGUGAUGCCCUCAGGUUUCCUGCCUUUGCUCGUCUCCCUUUUAAUGUGUGGAUGCCAAAUUCUUCCUUUUUUCCCCCACUAAAAAGCCUUGGUAGAUUGCUACCUCUUGUCAUUCAAAUUCUGCUCUUUGUAGAUUUUGCUUUUUGCACUUGCUGUAACUACUGAAAGACAAUGGUGGCACCAGCUGUUCUUUCCUUCCCCCUCCACUUCCUUUCCUCUCCUCUUUUUUUUUAAUUUAUUAUGAUUCCAUGCCGAGUCCUUCUCUGUACAGUUUUCUCAGAAGAGCUUCAAUGUGGUAAUAAAGGGCUGGGCUUGGAUAUGUUUUUCCACUGUAGUCAGUUUUCUUGUCUGUAAGCAGAAAUUAACAGUUAGAUGGUGCGCUUCCCUGUUGCUAAAACGUUGUCUGCCUUUUGGUCAGAGCUCGUAGAAAAUGAAACAAGGCAUGUUAUCAGAUUUCUGGCUCACAAAAUAUAGUGAAAUGGAAUCUCACCAUUGGGUCAUUUUACCUGCUAUUCUGGGAGCACAAUCUCAGUCAGGCAUCGUUAUAUGAGCAUUAAAUACUAGGGCAGGAACAGCCCUUCAGAAGUCAUGAACUUCAACACGCAAUCAACACAGCCAGUGUUGAAUGAUGUGUACAACAACAUCUGGAGAGCCACAGGAUUCUCCCACACACACACCCCAAGUUCUGUGCAAACUGGCUUUGUAACUGCUUGCAACCGUGCAAUAGGAUAUAUGCACAGAAGCAUGAAACAUCCAUGCAAUGCGGUGCAGUUGUACAGAGGAUGAAAAAUUGAAGACCAGCACAUUUGCUGGUAUAUCUGUUCACGGUGAAAGCCUUAAUUGGAUUUGUAAAGCUGUCGGUAUGGAUUUGCUGCUUUUCCCGCUUUCCUUCACUAUACUAUGUGCAAGAAGGUAAUGUAAGAUUACACAGGAAUAAUAACAAGGCAAAAGCAAGCAUUAUAAUUUUUCACAGUUGCAGGUUUGAGGUUUGAUUUAGUCAUCCCAAAUUCUGUCUGUCAAGGAUUGGGAUAGCUUUUAGUACCAAGUGUGUGGAAAAACUUGUUCAUUAAGAUUAAGGGGCACUGGACAGUAGUCAAGAAUGUUUUUCAAUUAUCAAUUUAUAAAAGUCAGAAGGCUGCUUUUUAUUUUGGUAUAAUGUAUUGCUUAUUCAUUUGCACUAGGAUUGUGCUCUCUUUUGGAACAUAUCGUGAAAAAUCAAUAGAAGAUUCCUAGCAUUCUUCUCCAGAUGAAAUUUCUAGGCAUACAGCACUACAGCUGUGUAAAGACCCAACAUACUGCAAGACACCCAUAAAAAGAAGAAUAUGAUGCAACAGAAAAAGAAUGGAAGAGCUUAAUCCCCUCCGUCUGCUAAUUUUUGCUCACCUUUUGCUAAUUUUAUCCCCGUAAUGCCGCAGGUCUAUCUUUUGGAAGGACAAGCUUUAGGGGCCAGCUGUUGAUAGCUAAGAACAGAGCAUUUCUUUUUCAUGAAUUAGAGGAGGCUGGGUUCACCUUAUUCUAAGACAUCAGUGUGGUUUGUUUGUAACUGUCUGCAGCCAUUCUGCUUUGUAAACACUGGUUUAUAGCUUAGUGUGAACCCAGUCACACUAUUGGUUCAGUGAACAAAUCGUAGCUGGGUGAUGUAUGAACCAUUCUGUCCUUCACAAUUUCUUCAGUAAAACUUCCACUGCUGAAGAGCUGUGCAAUAAGGAAGAAAGACUGUGGCUUGUUAGAUCUGGUUGUAAUGUUUUUGGCCUAGGAUGGGAGAUUGGAUUUUAGAUAGUAUCUUGGGAGAUGCCACACCUUCCCUAAGAGGAAGAUCAGAAUGCCAAAAACAAUGGACACAUAUUUUUUUAAAAUAAGGCCUUUCCAUACUUUCAUUUUUAGCACAAUAAAAGUGCAGUUUUCCAUUUAUUCACACAGAGAAAGAAUCUGGCAGUGCCGUUUUUUGUUUAGUGAUUCAUAGAACAAAACAAUGGCGUUGAUGUCUGUAUUUCAGGGCCAUGUGGGAAAAGCCAUUUUAAACCACAGAUGAGUGUCACAAAGGUACAAUAGGCUGAUAUCUAUGGUUUCCAAGAUUCUGGAAACCACUGUGCCUGUUUUCAUGAUCUGCAAACAAACCCUGUGUUUGUGCUCUUGCAUGUUCCCAAGUGCCUCUUCCCACUUGAAUCAGAAGCCCUGCACAGCCCCAACCUGGUUAGAAUGUCAGAAUGUAACUGCGGAAACCUGGUUCACAUCCCAUUCAGUCAGGAGCUACACCGAGAGUUCUGAGAUUAACAUGGAAAUAAGAGGCAGAUGGUUCAAGGGCUUCCAGAGAAAAAGCACAAGGUAGUUCAUUUCUGAUAAUUAGGAAACUUAAUAUGUUAUUUCAGUGUGUUUUAAAACAACAUCAAGCAAAGCUCUCAACAUAGCAGCAUGAACUG